AUAUUUUUUUUAAUCUUGUUUUGAUGGUGAUUAUGUUUCAAGAUUGGAUUUUUAUGAACUUUGUGGAUUCCUUAUAAUUGUUGUUAAUUCUAGUAAGUCCAUCACUGUUUUCUUGAUUUUUUUAAAUCUCUAUUCUGCAAAUUUAUAUUUUUUUAAUCUUGUUUUGAUGGUGAUUAAGUUUCAAGAUUGGAUUUUUAUCAACUUGGUGGAUUUGUUAUGUGUAGAAAUUGUUGUUACAUGUGAGAUAGAUAAAUCUAUUUGUAGGUUUUGAAUUUUUGUGGGUAUUUUGUGAUUGAUGCAAUGCUUAUUGAUUUGCCAAGUAUUGUGGAAUUCAAAUUCUUGGUUUAACCCUUUUUGGGUUUUGGAGGUUCUUGGUUCUUUUAUCUUGUGUAUGUUUUUAAUUUUAGUUUGAAAUAAAAGAGUUGAAGAAAAGUUUGGAUUUUGAAAGUUUCAACUUUGCUGAUGAGCUUGCAUAAUGUUUUGGAUUAGUCUUGUCAUUGGAUUAGUAAAGUUUUAAUAGAAAAGUUUGGAUUUUGAAACUUUGCUGAUGAGCUUGCAUAAUGUUUUGGAUUAGUUCUUGUCAUUGGAUUAGUAAGAAUUUGAAACUGUUAAAUGAACUAGAGUGGUUAAGGUGUCAGAUUUAGUUUCUGGUCAGAAAGGGCAUGGGUUCAGAUCCCACAGCUGUCAUCUUUUGCAAAAUUAAUGCACGGUUGUACUAAAUUAGAUAAGAUUAGGAAUGAUCACAUUAGGCAGAAUGCAAGUAGCACACAUACAAAGUAAAACGAAAGAAGGUCUCUUGAGAUAAUUAGUCAUGUCCUACCUCGAGCUCUCAAUGCAUCGGUCUAUGGGUACGGAACUAUGGUGAUAGAAUGUGUUAAAGGGGAUGAGGUAAGCCUAAAAUCUUAUAGAAGGAAGUUGUCUGGAAAUACCUAAAACCUCUUGGAAUAAAUGCAGAUUUAGCAUAAAAUAGAGCACAAUGUAAGGGGAAAAAAAUCAUAUAUGCUAUGAAUUAGUUGGAAUUAAAGUUCAAUCAUGUUGAGAUUUUAUGUCAGGUCCAAUGUUUUUAGAUAAUUUCUAGUGCUAAAAGAUCUAAAUUCUUACAUAUUGAGUUGAUACGGGUCUAAACGGAGUUACAUAGUUAAUGAGGAUUGAUAUAAUCAACCCCAACUAGCUUGGGGUUAAGAUGUCAUCAUCGUUGUAAUAAAUGAACGAGAGUGAUCAAGGCCACUAUUUCCCCCUUUAAUGGUGUUUAUUUCGGGGGCUGGAGUGGGUGAAGGAGUACCCAAUGUCUAAGUCUCGUAGUGUCUAGAUAUCUCCUUUUGAGCAUUAUUUGUUCUCCAAGCAUAAUUUUGUAAUGAAGGAAUUAUUCUAACUACACAUUAGGCUUUUGGUUUUCCGAGGAGCUUUUCCAGUUUGGUUAGAGAUUUAUAUAUCAGCAUAAGGACAACUGCAAGAUUUAGAGGACGAUAUCUGGACAACCGCUAAGUUUCCUUGUAAAACAAAUUGAGCAUUGAAAUGAUACGAUUGGUUAGAGAUUUAUAUGUCAGUAUAAGGACAACUGCAAGAUUUAGAGAACCUUUAAGUUGUCUGUUAAAACAAAUUAUUGAGCAUUGAAAUGAUACGGAUCCACAAAAACCAAAUAGAGGAGAACUUAACUGCAACUAUAUCCAGAUAUUGGAAUUCUGUAGCCCUCGUGGGAGUUGUAAGUUGACAUAGAUUUAGAUGAGUUACUGUGCUACUCACGCAUGAGCUAUGCCUAGCAGUCAUGAUAGUUCUGUUAAGCCAUGUAAAAAUCCACGUAUAAUUUUCAACCAGCAUCAAAGUGUCAGACGAGGCAGCCAUGUAAAAAAUCCCUUUUUCUGUUCAAUAUGGCAGUCAACAGUCCAUCUGGUUCGUUCAGAGGAAUUAGUUUGGCGUUGGAUGUAGUUUUCACUACUUGGAGGGAAAAUAGGUCCAAUUCAGUUUUUCUUCUGGCUUCAGGAGGGGCUAAACUAGAUGAUUUGUUUUUCUAGUGACGUUGAGUAUAUAUACUUCAUUUUUUCCUUUGUGCUGAUACAUAAUGAAUAGGCAGAGGGACAACGAAAUGGAGCUAUUCGUUUUUUCGUUGAACCAUAUUAGAGAGGUUCAAAAGAACCAAAAGAGGUUCUUCGGUUGAACAAGUGCUUCCUAUCAGAUCCUUAUUGCACUAGUUGCUCUGUGCUAUGUGGAAAUCCAUUUCAAAUGCCAUCACAAGCUUUGGUCAGAAGAAGGAAUCUGCUACACCCAGUCAUACUUGUCACGAAUACUCAGACGACGAUGAUAUUUGCUCUAAUGACAGCACGGAGGAAGGACUAGAAUGCCCAAUAUGUUGGGAAUCAUUUAACAUUGUUGAGAAUGUUCCCUAUGUAUUAUGGUGCGGCCACUCUCUUUGUAAGAAUUGUCUGUUGGGACUUAAACCAGCUUCCGUGAAGAUAUCCACUCAACAAGUCCAGAUUCCAUUGUUCGUUUCCUGCCCAUGGUGCAAUUUGUUGACACUUCGAUUGUUCUACCAGGGAAAUCUCAAGUUUCCGAGCAAAAACUUCUUCCUCCUCUGGAUGGUGGAGAGCCGAAAUGGUGACAGGAUGAAGUCUCCAUCUACCAUAUACCAGGAUCAACUAGUGGGCUCCGCCCCUUGUACUUCAACUGGGACCCAGAGUUCUAUCACGAACUGCAGGAGGUCUCAUCGUCUAGGCUCUUCAAGUGGUCCUAGCAAUCCAAGUGGGACCCCUACAAUGCAAAGGACCCAGUUUUCUCUUCAGAAGUCGCUUGAUUUCUUUUUCCAAUUGACAUCCAAGUUUCCGUUGGUUAUUGUGCUUCUUCUGGUUGUUAUAUUUGUGAUACCUUCAAGUGUGGGCAUCUUGAUUCUAUACCUGGUUAUCACAAUUCUCUUUGGGCUUCCAUCUUUGCUAGUAUUAUACUUCGCUUACCCUGCUCUAGAUUGGCUGGUGAGAGAGAUUACUGCUUGAAGUGUUUCCGUUCAAUUUGUUUGAGAAUUAUUUCUUAGAGUUCCGAGGCUGUAAUACAAAGUACUGUUUGCACUAGUUAACAAGAGAUUCUGUAAAUAUUUGUUGGUUUUCAUGGAAGUUAAUUUUAAUUUUCCUUCAUAGUUUA